AUGAAGCUGCAAAAGGUCCUUAACUUGGACUUUUCUAUUUCGACGAUUGCAGUCAAAGACAAUGUCGCGUAUAUCGGCAGCAGUCAUGGCCAUUUUGCGGUGCUGGACGUCGAAGCUGUGUUGGAUGCCCAACCACCAUCCGCCUGCAUCAAAGACACUACCUUUUUGUCUGAAGGCCAGCUUGCUAUGGGAUUCCUCGCAGACAACUUUGUCACAAUCGACUCACAACAGUCCAUCGAUAUCUGGAGCUCAGACCAUGUGCCUGGCAAGGAUAGUAAGGCCAUGGCUAGCAUUCCUAUCCCUGGGCACGGACAGCCCGUGACAGGCAUCCAGGUUCUACAACGACCCAACCACUUGGAUGCCUCGUUUCUCACAUGGACUGUCGGCGGAAAUGUAACCUUCUGGACACUGGAGGGCCAGGUCAAGGCCUCAAUUGAUGUGCCUAUCGGAAUGACCGAACCCGAAAAUGAGAUGGACCCGGUCAAUCAGCUCACGUGCGCCCAAACGACAAACGAUGGCAAGCUGCUCAUUUCUGCUGAUCGCAUGGGCGUUUUGCGAAUGACGGACAUUGCAACCAAGGAGCCUGUAUUGGACAUCAAGGCACACACAGCUGACUGCCGUUCUGUCAGUGUGUACGAUAAUGAUGGUAAAUUCCUGAUGGCAUCAUGCGGACGAGAUCGAACUGCACAGCUCUUUCAUCGAACCGCAGAUGGAUCAAUUGAACACUUCCAGACACUAGAGUUCGCUGCCAAGGUCGUCCAAGUCAUGGUCCCGUCUGAGGACAAAGUUUUGACCUGCUCCUUUGAUCGAACACUCCAAAUUCACGACAUCAUCACCAAAGAGGGCGACCCAGACUCUAUCGCUGCUAUCCCCUCAAGGGUCAUUUCACUCAAGGCUUCGCCAAGCUCAAUGGUUCUGGGCAUGGGCCAAAGAACCGUCUUCGUUUCCAUGCUAGACCGGACGAUUUGUCAAUUUGAUCUCAACACGGGACGUAAGAUUUCGUGUUUCAAAUGCCAAGAUGAGACUCGAGGAGAGUCUGUUGUACUUGACUCGUUGUGUUUUGGGCAAUGGCUCCCUAAAGAUCAAGAUUUUCUCCUCGGAACUUCCAACACGGAUAAGUCUAUCCGCUUAUACGAUGCCCAGACAGGCGGCUUUUUGGACAGAGAAUGGGGUCACACUGAAGCCAUCAAUGGCGUGUGCUUGAUCGAAAAUGAUGACGGAAGUCGCAAGGUUGUGAGUGUUGCAUCAGACGGCACAAUGAUGAUCUGGUGUCUGGAUCUGGAUGACCCUGUGCCUGGCACAACAAGCAGGGAGCCAUCACCUGCAAAGGAUUCAGUAUCAGCACGGCCACCGCUUCGCAGGGUCCUGUCAAAAGCUGAGCUGGCCGAAUUUCAGCGACCUUCACCAACUUCUGGUCGAAAGUCUCCUGCAUCAGGUCGGAAAUCACCCCCGCGAACCCUCCAACGACGUACUUCUCGUUUCAACCUUGCUGCCAGUGUAAGAACACCCACACAAGCAGCUCCAGUUAGCCCCACCAGCACGUUGGCAGAUGAUACGCCGUCACGACGGCCUUCGGGCGACGUACGGGCUACUUCCCCAGUAUCCCCGAAAGCCAAAGUUAAGAGACGGCUUUCUAUUUCCCAAGGCGUCCGCAAGAAAACAUCCUCGUCAAACCUGCGUGGCUUCGGCUCAUUAAAUAUGGCAACUGAACAAACCUGUCGCCAGCUACGGUCAUAUAGGAAGAAGCUCGCCUCUUCAGAUCCCAUCAGCCAAGAGAACUUGACUGAACUAGACCAGGAGUUGCGGAUGACAGCAGCAGCUCUUGGCGACCGGGCUAUUCGAAGCAGGGCUAUGAACGAGACGGCCCUUAGUGGCCUUUUAGAUCAGUACUCAGAGAGACUGAUCACAUUACUAGACGAAAAGCUGCGUCUUAGUUACCAGCAAAGGUCUCCAACUGAAAAGGAUGGAGACAGUCAGGAUGACGAGACCCAACGUAGUGUGGAUGGGUCCUCUAGUUCGCUUUCGUCAUAA